AUGGCGGAUUUUACCAUACCUGACAAUUCUUUCAUGUGGCUUUCCCUUUAUUUCCUUCUUAAUCUUGCUCUGACGUUGUAUAACAAGGCAGUCAUGCAAUUAUUUGAUUUCCCUUUCCCAUGGACAUUAACGGGAGUGCAUGCUUUGUGUGGUGCAAUUGGGUCUUAUAUGUUAUAUUGGCUGGGAGUAUUUUCACCUGCACGAUUAAAUGAACGCGAGAGUAUGGUGAUGUUGCUUUUUUCGGUUUUAUAUACCAUAAACAUUGCUAUUAGUAAUGUGUCAUUACAUUUAGUUACAGUGCCGUUUCAUCAAGUAGUACGGGCAAUGACUCCUCUUUUUACAAUUAUGCUCUCAAUUGCUUUCCUAAAAAAGAACUUCUCGACAAUGACUUAUAUUUCUUUACUUCCGGUUGUAUUUGGUGUGGUAUUUGCGACUGUUGGUGAUUAUUAUUUCACAAAAAUGGGUUUCUUUUUAACUGUCCUCGGGACAAUACUAGCUGCCUUAAAAACCGUGGUUACAAACCGUGUUCAAGUUGGUCGUCUUAAGCUUCAUCCUUUAGAUUUGUUAUUGCGAAUGUCACCUUUAGCCUUUGUUCAAACUGUUAUCUAUGCUUAUGUUACUGGUGAAUUGCAUCGAGUUCGUGUUUUCAGUCGGACGGAAAUGACUUCAUCUUUGAUCUUCGCCCUUGCCACAAAUGGAGUCAUUGCCUUCUUUCUAAAUGUAGUAAGCUUUACCGCAAAUAAAAAAACAUCGGCUUUAACCAUGACUGUGGCCGCUAAUGUAAAACAAGUACUAUCAAUUUCUUUGGCUGUUGUAAUAUUUAAUUUAACAAUAACGCCAACUAAUGGACUUGGGAUUUUAUUGACUUUAAUUGGAGGAGCAUGGUAUGCAAAAAUCGAACUGACAGAACGAAAUCGACCAAAACCCAUUGGGCCACCCUUAGGUCAAUGA